AUAAAAUGAUCUAUAAAAAUAGAUGAACCGCAUGGAUGAAACACAUACAUCACGGUGGGGCCCACCGAGCACCGACCACCAGCCAUUGGCUGAUGGCAGGGGGAGUUGCCAGUCCGAUUCCAUCAGCUCCCGGGUCGGGUCAGCACCCGACAGACGUUAAUUAAUUUUUUUUAAAAAAAACAAAACGUAUUCUGCUCUUUGAAGUCGCACGAGUUGUUCGGAAACACAUGGCCCACGUGUUAAAACACAGCACCAAUUUUCUCCUGAAAAAAUUAAAAUAAAAUAAAAUAAAACAAUCCCAAUUCCUCUGAAAACGAAAGCCAUGUAGAUCUAGUGCCUUAAGAUGCACCGAAUGUUCAUGCCUCCAUAGUACGUACAAAGUACACUUUGCACUUGCAUAAUGAUCGAUACCAUACAUCCCAUGGGCUCCACCAUUGAUUUCUCCAUUAGUAAAUAUAUCUUUUUAUUGACAUAUCCCAUCCAUAGAAUAACUGAACUUUUUCUAUUGAAUGUAAACCGUUGAUUACUUAUGUAUUUACUGUCCAAUAUUUUCCUCCUGUAGAAGGUCAAUACAUAAUUCAAUUGGUUAUAUCUACUAAUGAACGGUUGUGAUCUUGUCUAUUAAUGCCAGACAUGUGAAAAUUAGAUGGACGUACGGUCCUAUCAUGCUUCCAAAUGUACUGGAUGAGAAACAUUCCCUUCAUUUCCUCCUUUUUCUUUCCUGCGUCUUCUUCUUUCCAACGUUUCAGCAAUGGGAGGAGAGAGCAACGCCGAAUCAGUUUUUUUAGGGUUCCGAGAUCGAUUCCAUUCCCGAAAAAUCAGAUAAUUCUCGUUCGCGAUUUCAUUCCAAACGCAGCAGAAUCAGAUAAUUCUCUCCUUAUGGAUUCCCGCAUUCUCUCUGGAUUCCAUCCCGCAUUCUUCAGCGCAUUAAAGGAGGCGAUUUCCUGCGAGGAUCCGAAUCGGAGUUCGAAUCCUAUCCGUUCGAUUGCUCUGACGAUAAAUUGAUCUUUUAUUCUAGAAGGUGUUCAUGGAUUUGUUCCGUUCGGCGGUCGGGUAGCACAUUAUCGUAGAUUAUGCCGGUUUAUCAAGGUUUCAUUGGAGCGGAAGAAGAUCUGCCACCUAUGGUUUUCUUUCAAUUUUCUAAAUUUUCAUUUUGGGUUCAAAGGAGAUUGGUCAACCGGGAAUUGAUUGAUGAUAGGCCACGAUAGAGAAGAGUGUCAUCUAUGAAGAAGGGGAAGUCCUUGAGAAGCCUAAUGCAGUUUCUCCGGCAGUUCCCUAAGAGAUGGAAUGGCAGAUCUUUCUAGUUAUGGGAAUCCUGACCGUGAAGUCGAGCUGGCACUUGUUGCUUUGAAGAAAGGUACUCAGUUAAUCAAGUACAGCCGGAAAGGGAAGCCUAAAUUUUGCCCAUUCAGAAUUUCUACUGAUCACACAACACUGAUUUGGUAUUCACGCGGAGAAGAAAGGAAUCUGAAGUUAGCUUCUGUCUCAAAGAUUAUCCCUGGACAGAGAACUGCUGUUUUCAGGAGAUACUUACGCCCUGAAAAGGACUAUUUGUCAUUUUCUCUUCUCUAUAACAAUGGGGAACGCACUCUUGAUCUGAUUUGCAAGGACAAAGCUGAGGUGGAGGUGUGGUUAGCAGGCCUUAAGGCAUUGAUCUCUACAGGCCAACGCAGAUAUUCUAGGAUCGAUGGUUCAUUUGAUUGUGGAGACUUCAUUCAAGACAGUCAUUCUUUUAGUGCAACGCUAGAGCUUGCUACAACUAGUUCUAGAAGUAGUCUUAGCUCGAAGUCAAUUACUGAUUCUUUUCCUCGUGAACUUCCUUUGAAUUUUGUAAGGUCAGAUGUGGCGUCAGACCGUGCAAAUAUGCAACCACCAAGAACAAGCACUGGAGAUGGUUUUCGAAUCAGUGUUUCAAGUGCCCCUAGUUGUUCAAGUUACGGAUCUGGACCUGAUGACUGUGAAUCUUUAGGUGAUGUUUAUGUCUGGGGAGAGGUUUGGUGUGAUGGGAGUUUAGCAGAUGGAUCUGGAAACUCUUUCACUUCGAAAACUGAUGUGCUACUUCCUAAGCCCUUAGAGUCGCAUGUGGUUUUAGAUGUUCAUCAAAUUGCUUGUGGGGUUAGGCAUGCUGCUCUUGUUACCAGGCAAGGUGAGGUGUUUACUUGGGGUGAGGAAUCUGGAGGGCGGCUUGGCCAUGGAAUUGAUGCAGAUUUUAGUCAGCCUCGACUUGUUGAAUCUUUGGCAGUCUGUAACAUGGACUCUGUUUCAUGUGGUGAGUAUCAUAUGUGUGCUGUAUCUAUGUCUGGGGAUCUAUUUUCUUGGGGAGAUGGUACUUACAAUGCCGGACUUCUUGGUCAUGGCACUGAUGUCAGCCACUGGAUGCCUAAAAGAGUUUGUGGUCCUUUGGAGGGUCUUCAGGUUUUGUCUGUUGCAUGCGGCACAUGGCACUCAGCAUUGGCAACUUCUUGUGGGAAAUUGUUUACAUUUGGUGAUGGAACAUUUGGUGUUUUGGGCCAUGGCAAUCGAGAAAGCGUUGGUUACCCUAGGGAAGUCGAGUCUUUGAGUGGAUUAAAGACUAUUAAGGUUGCAUGUGGAGUAUGGCAUACAGCCGCAAUUGUAGAGGUUAUGGGACAGCAAGGUGGGAACAUUUCAUCUAGAAAAUUGUUCACGUGGGGUGAUGGAGACAAAAACCGUUUGGGUCAUGGGAACAAGAAAGCACAGUUGGUGCCCACUUGUGUCUCAUCACUUAUCGACUACAACUUCCACCAGCUGGCCUGUGGGCAUACUAUUACUGUUGCUCUCACAAUGUCAGGGCAUGUUUUUACAAUGGGAAGUACUGUCUAUGGCCAGCUGGGCAAUCCACUAGCUGAUGGUAGGAUACCUUGCUUAGUACAAGAUAAACUGGUAGGUGAAUUAGUUGAAGAGAUUUCUUGUGGAGCAUACCAUGUUGCUGUCCUGACAUCAAGAAGUGAAGUAUUUACUUGGGGUAAAGGUGCCAAUGGAAGAUUGGGACAUGGUGACAUUGAAGACCGGAAAAUACCGACUCUUGUUGAAUCUUUAAAAGAUAGACAUGUCAAAAGCAUAUCAUGUGGCUCAAAUUUCACAGCAAGCAUAUGCAUUCAUAAGUGGGUUUCUGGUGCAGACCAGUCACUCUGCUCGGGAUGUCGACAGGCAUUUGGUUUUACUCGAAAACGGCACAAUUGUUACAACUGUGGACUGGUACACUGUCAUGCUUGCAGUUCCAAAAAGGUUCUGAGAGCCGCGUUGGCUCCAACUCCAGGCAAACCACAUCGUGUAUGCGAUUCUUGCUUUGCAAAACUUAAAGCAUCAGAAGUUAGUGCUGCGCUUAUUGUUAAUAGGAAGAAUGUAGUGGCCCCUCGUCGCUCAAUCGACACCAGGGAGAGGUUUGACAGAGGAGAAAUAAGCUCUUCGAGGAUUCUAUUGUCUCCCAAUAUACAACCAGUCAAGUAUCUUGACGUCAAGUCGGUUAAGCAAGGGACAAAAUCUGACUCUCUUGCCCUAAUUCGAGCCACCCAAGUUCCAUCAUUGUUACAACUGAAAGAUAUUUCUUUUCCAAGUUCCCUGAAUAUGCUUCAACACACUCUAAAACCAAUCAUUACGUCAGUGCCAACUCCUGCUCCACAGCAAGCGGUCCAUUCACGAUCUACUUCGCCAUACUCAAGGAGGCCAAGCCCUCCACGUUCUGCAACUCCUGUAUUCUCUAGAAGUGUCAUUGACAGCCUCAAGACAACAAAUGAAGUUUUGAACCAAGAAGUCCAGAAGUUGCAAAGCCAGGUUAAAAGUUUGAGACAGAAGUGUGAAGUUCAAGAUUUGGAGCUGCAGAAAUCAGAAAAGAAGGCCCAACAAGCUGCUUCAUCGGCUGCUGAGGAAUCUUCUAAGUGUUCUGUUGCAAAGGAGCUCAUUAAGUCUCUCACGGGCCAGCUGAAUGAUAUGGCAGGUAAAUUAUCCCCUGAGGAUUAUGAUGCUGACAACUUAAAGGCCAUGCAUAUUCAAGCUGAAGCUUUACUCAAGGAUAAUGAGAACCAUACAUCAGAAAUUCCUUCUUCCUUGCCAACUGAUUCGUCAGAGGCUGACCAAAGAAAUUCACUUGAUAAGGCUACCUUGAUAAAUGAAGGGGCUGACCAAAGGAUAGAUGAUUCUGGGGAUGGUGCUGGAUUUGCAGACCUUUCAAGGAAUGCUGAUGGUGGCUCGAGAUCAGUUAGAUUUUCAACAGUAAGGUAUAGUAAUGAAGAAGAGGAAACUGAGCAAUUCGAACAAGGUGUAUAUGUAACUUUCAUCCAACUUCGCAAUGGGACAAAGGUCUUCAAACGAGUCAGAUUCAGAUGCAUCAUAGAUCAGACUCUUUACUGGGUACUAUGCCGUAGAGGACCGAUAACCUACAACUGGCUGUAUGUUAAUUUAACUAAGAAUUCAUUUUUACAGGCACUUUUCCUUAUUAAAUAUUUGAAGAGAAAAUUUGGAAAUAAAAAAUUCUAAUGACAUUGAAAAAUGUGAUGUAACACAAGGCCAGAUGCAGUUGAUAGUGUUCUUAGGGUAAAUACCCUCUAGUUUCUUCAACAGUUGUCAGCCACCUUUCUUGACCAGGAUCUCUACCCAAACCUGGUAUCUCUCACAAGCCAUUCAACCCAGGGGACUCCAUUGGUUAUUAUGGAAACCUCUCUGCAUGUAUUGCAGCUAUGGAGUCCCAGACCUGACGCUUGACAAAGCUGGGUAACAGAAAUUCAUGAUCCCAAAACCAAAUAAAGUGAUAAGAAACCCCUUUUUUCUGGAAAUAGGAAACAAUGUUAGUACUUAAUUGCUUAAAAUACAUAAGAUUACAAGCUAAAUGGAUUGGUUUGUUUAACAUUUAAGCAGAACCACCAUAUGUUGGUGAAAAGGAAUUCAAUAUUUUUUCACAAAUGCAUGUUCUAGCGCAAAUCUUGUUUAUUCAGGUGAAAAUCUUGUUUAUAGAAGACUGGAAUCAAGCAAAUGAUAUCAUGCAAUGACAGUUGAAUAAGAAGCAUAAAAAUGCGGACUGCAUAUUAGCAAUUGCUUUUGAGCAUUGAAGUAGAAGCUUCCCCUGAUUGGCAUCAGAUAUGACAAUGUCACAACCUGCUGUUGUAAUGUAUUUACAUCAGUUCCAUUCAAGUACAUAGAGCAGUGAUCACACAGCCAUUAAACACUGACUCGUUAAGGUAGCGUGUAGAAGUUCUCCCCAAAUCAACUUCUGUUUGAAUAUUUCGGUGGGAAGACUCUGUUUUGAAGUAGCCACCUAGCCAGGUGUUUAGCAGGGGGAAAACCAAAUACAAAAUAACUGGACUAUUAUUUUCUCUACUUUUCUGCACCCAAGAUCCCAUAAUUUUCUUAUGUAGUUGAU